AUGGAAAGCCCAAACCCCGCACAGCCACGUCAAGCGCUGAAACGCAUCACAAGUCUAAUCCUCCACCAAUGGCUCUUAAUCGGGAUCGGGAUCGUCUGCGCCCUGGCAUACUACUUCCCGAACGUAGCCAAGCACGGCGGCAUCAUCCGCUCCGAGUAUAGCAUCAUGUACGGGGUGAUCGCGAUAAUCUUCCUAAUCUCCGGCCUGAGCAUCCCGCGCCAGAAACUUAUCUCUCAAGUCCUGAAUUGGCGCCUUCAUGUCAUCGUGCAAGUCAUUUCAUUUCUGUUUAUUCCCGCGCUGGUGCUGGCCAUUGUGCAUAUUAUCCUCGCUGCGGAUAGUGGGGGGAAGAUUGAUCGCGCCGUGUUGGCGGGGUAUAUCUUUACUGCUUGUAUUCCGACGACGAUUGCGUCUAAUGUUGUUAUGACGAGGUCUGCGGGUGGGGAUGAUGCGGCUGCUUUAGUGGAGGUUUUGUUGGCGAAUAUUCUCGGGCCGUUUGUUACGGCUGCGUGGACUGUUGCGUUGAUGCCGAAGUCAGUGGAGUUUGAGCCCUGGCGCUCCCGACGCUGGUCCAAGCCCAUAUUCAAACGCAUGUCUCCAGAGGAAACGAUUGCAGUGUGCUUUUGCGGGCCAGCAAAGAGCACCGCACUUGGUAUCCCGCUGCUCUAUGCAAUGUGGCAGCCGGUUGAUCUAUUCCUAAAAGCAAAGACAUCGGUGCCGGUGUUGCUCUAUACUACAGAGCAGAUCUGCGUGGCGCAUUUCUUCGUUCAGUUAUUUCGGUGGUGGCAUACUAGAAUCGUUGAGAAAGAGGAUUUAGAUGACACGGGCGACGAUGUUGAGAUUGGUAUGGCUGUGAACUCACGUGGGGAUCACGCUGGACGUGGUCAUGAGCAUACGACUGUUUGA